UAACAGCUAACAUAAUUCAGCCUUAACUUAAGUGUUUUGAAGUUUAGUGCAUUGGUAACUACUAUCAGACUUACUCACAACUGUGUGUGCCUUUUAAUGCAAAACAUUCUUGUUUGAUAAUUCUUUUUGAAUUUCAUAAAAGGAGUAAAAAUAAUAGUGAAUACAAACCUUUUUAAUCUGAGGACAGUUCACAAUACAUAUAGAAAAUGGCGUCUUCACUUGAUUUAGUUCAUCAUUCAAGUUCAGAUUUUAUAAAGGACUAUUCUUGUGAAGUUUGUGAAAGUAAAAAUAUAGAAGCAAGUGCUGAUUUUUUUUGUAAAACAUGUACAAAAAGUUUUUGCACAAAAUGCCUUUAUUAUCACGAUCAAAUAUAUGUAAACCAUUUAAAGUAUGGAAGAAGGGAAACAAAUAAAUGGCCUCUUGCAAAGACUUUGGAGGAUUUGUUACUGAAAUGUGAUGUUCACAACAACAAGAAACUGAAAAUGUUUUGCAAGGACCACAGUCAGCUGUGCUGCUCUGAUUGCGUUUUACUGAGUCACAGACAAUGUACCAGUUUGGCUCUAAUUUCUGAAUCAGUCAAAAAGCUGUCUUUGAAUAUGCAGCAGUUGUAUAAAGAAAUUCAAAUUAUUCUUGCUAAACUAAAUAAGUUUGCAAGAACACAAAAGGCUAGCAUCCAGUCUUUGGAGGGAUCGUAUAGACAAAAACUACAAGAAAUCAGAGAGAUUCGUAAGAAAUUAAAUGCUGCUUUGGAUGAAGUAGAAAAUACAUCCUUGAAAGAACUAAAUGAAAUAAGAUCGACAUUACAAACCCCUCUCAAGGAAAAUGUUGACAACUGCAGCAGACUGAAGGAUGAACUUCAAAAGCUCGGAGAAGCUGUACAGGGCCUUGGAGAUAAGAGCAACAGAGAAAUUGAGUUCAUAGCAAGCAUGAAAUGUCUGGACAAAAUGGAAGAGUCUAAGGAAUAUCUGAUGGAAAACCCAAUUACAGUCCAGAGUUCAAUAAUAUUCCAGGCAAACCUGGAAAUUGAGAGUCUAGGGAAGGUUAUAGAUAGUAUGCAGUCUCUCAAACUAAAGAAGAAUCCAGAUCAAGUGUUGACUGUGAAGAGGAAGUAUGAGUAUAAUGUUAGAAUACCAAGUGACACAGCUCUGACUUGCUACAUCAUAGGCAUUUGCAGCCUGCCUAGUGGUCAGAUAAUUGUUGUAGAUUUCAAUAACGAGAACGUGAAACUGUUUGACCAGCAUUACAAUGUGUCCAGUCACUGUGAUGUGUCUGAUGCUCCAUAUGACAUUUGCAAAAUCACAUCCAGUGAGGUGGCUGUGACCCAAGGUGGUGAUGGAGUGCAGUUUGUGUAUGUGAGCAAUGGGCAGCUGGUGAAUGGGAGGAAGUUAAAGUUAUCACAUAAAGCUAUUGGCAUUGCUCACCAUCAGGGAGCAUUGUAUAUCACCUCUUGGACUGAUCUCUACCAGUACACACUGACCGGGACACUUGUGAAAAAGCUCUCUCGUCCAGGAGGUUCUGGUACAGUGUACAGAUGUGCAGUGAGUACUGCUGGUGACCGUAUCUAUGUCACCAAGAACAGCCAGCACAAGCUCCUGACACUGGCCACAGAUGCCAGCCUGAUCUCCAUCGUCACUGACCCUGAACUACAAGAACCAUGGGGUGUCCAUGUCACACCUGCAGGACAAGUCCUUGUCUGUGGUAGCCAUUCCAAUACUGUCAUACAGGUGGAUCGUGAGGGGAGAAAGAAACUGGCAACUCUGGCUUCAAAGAAACAUGGAGCGAUCUAUCCAGUGUCAGUCUGCUGUAACACCAACAUGCACCAGAUAAUUGUGGGAAGAUGUAAUAAUGAUAAAAUAAUUGUUCUAGAAUUGCAAUAGCUCUUCCAGUGGUGAAAAACAACACACAUUAAUAUUACAUAUUUUUCAUUUGAUUGGCCUAUUAAAUCAUAGAAGUUUAUCUUGAUGUCAAGAAAAAACAUAUUCAUUCCGUUUAUCUUAUGAACAAUUAAAAAAACUUUAUUUUAAUGAGUUAAUUAAAUGCUAAAAAGAUUUAACAAUUAAAAACUACCAUGUAUGAAAAUUGUCAUGUAAUCUUGAUGGUAGAAUGUGUAGUUAAUGUGCUGUGACAUUUUUGGAUUAUUUUCAAACUUUAAUGGCACUAAAAGUUAACCCUUUUUGGACUAAACAAAACUUUGUGGGUAUUGAUGUUUGUGAAUGAAUGAGAAAAAGGUGUAAACAUUUAAAAUUGAUAACAUUUUAAAGCGAUACAAACGUGAAAUGAUGGACUAACUUGGAGUGUUUGUGUUGUUUUGUUAAAAGUUUGUGUGUUAAUAUCAUUAGUUAUAAUGCAGGCCUUUCCCCAGGAUUUUGUCCAGGCACAACGGUCCCUUUUUGUUUUUGUUGCAUCAAGUGAUAUUUCCAUAUGUUAAAUAUUUUUAUAACACAUUAUUCCAUUUAGGUAUUUAAAAAAACUUGUGCACCAAUAGUUAACUGUUUGAAUUGCAUUUCAAAUUUGUUCUGUUACUAGGAUUCUACAGUUUACAGUUCUCAUGUUUUGCAUGUAAAUCCCUAUGUUCUGUUUAAAAGCUUGUGAAAAUUAUACUUCAUGUACAACGCAGCGUCAUUUCUUUUUGGCUUUAAUACUUGAUUGCUUAAUAAAAAUUACAUAGUGCAGAGACCAUUGAGAUAUUAACUUUGGUUCGAUAUAUAUUAAAUUAGCAGUGCAUUUUUACAAAAUAUUACAAACCUUUUUUCUUAAUUAAAACAAAUUGUUUUUGCUAUUUAUACAAAGCUUCGAUUGUUGAGAUUGGUCAGUAUUGAUCUGUUAAAAGUACAGCUUUUGUAUGCACCUCUGUGUGUAUUUAGCUACCUGAGCGCUUAUUAGUUUAUCACGAUCAACAUUCCCUUUUCAUGCAUUUCCAAAUUGGUAAUUAUUCAAAAAACAUAUGGAAUUGAUAAAUCGUAUAAAAAAAUAAUUCACUUUAACCAUUUUUCUUAACAUCACAUAUAGAUGAGACAAUCAGCAUUUUUGUUUACAUAAAAUUCUAGAUUUUUUUUAAAAAUCAUUAAAUCAUUAAAUCUGUUAAGAUUAUAUGGCUGUAAUCUUCACGUUAUGCAUGACUUAAUAUUUACUGAUGAUUGUGUUGUCAUAUAUUUUAUGACUAUAGGGCUAAAAUGUUCAAGUUAUGCACUUGAUAAUGUUGAUUGAUGAUUGUCUGUCAUAUGUGUUCCAAUGCUUUAGCUAAAAUGUUAAUGUUAUGUUUUUGUAAAUUUGUAUCCAAGAUUUUGUUGUCAUAUAUGCUAUGAUUCUAUGACUAAAAUGUUCAUGUUAUGACAACUUAAUGUUUAUCGAUGAUUUUGUUGUCAUGUAUAUAUUACAAUUAAAUGGUUAAAAUGUUCCCAUUAUGAACUAUAUCAUGUUUAUCGAUGAUUAUUUUCAAAGUUGUAUGGCUAAAAUGUUCAUGUGAUGCACUUGUUAAUAUUUAUCGAUGAUUUUGUUGUGUUUACAUUCUAUGGCUGUUGAGUCUUUGUUAAAACUCAACACAAGGUUCGCCGUGGUGUAGUGGAUAUGGUGUCCCGCCUAGCAAUCGGGAGGUCACAAGUUCGAUCCCCACUGUGGGAGCGUUCUAAGACCCCCCCAUAGACACCAAGGAAACAGACUCGAGAGCGUUUCAUAUAAGCUAAUGCUUGUUAUGCAAUCGAGCUUAAAUAAAUAGGUUUAAAAAAAAGAAAAAAGGUUUAAAUGAAUAAUUUUUCAUGUUUUAUUGAAUGAUGGAGACACAUGCAGGCAAUUAAAUGAAAAGGCUGAUUUGUAUUCAGUUAUUUGAUAAAAGUUGUGUGUAAUUUGAUUAGUUUUCAAAACAAAUUUGUGUGGCCCGACUGAUUCCUUGUCUAUAAAUAUCAGACCCACUUAAAAUAUGUCAGUUCUACCAGGCAGACCGACGGUUUCUUGGAACUCUGAGGAGGAUGAUGUUGGUUCCUUUUUAGUAAAUUAGCAUAUAUAUAAAAUAGAAUGAAUGGUGUUUGAAAUGCAUUUUUAACAUUUUUGUAAUAACAUAGAUUGGUUGUUUUUAUAAGGAUUUUUUGUAGUCUUAUUAACUCCUUUAUGUUGAUAGCAAGUGAUGAAUGUAAGAUUUCAUGUAAUGACUUAAUAUGUACAUCAGAGAAUUCAUUAUGGCACUAACAUUAUUAUAACACACACUGACACAUUUUGUUUCUAUUCUUGUAAAUAUUUUGUAUUAUAUCUAUCAAUUUAAUUAAAAAAUAUUAAGCAAAAUUGAAUGUAAGUGUAAUUUCUUGCAAAUUACAGGUUUAUAAGAGAAUGUGUUGGCGCCUCAGCGCAAGCAGGUGCAGUAGU